CGAAUUUUGACAGCUGCAACAGUAUAAAUAAACAAUUUAGAAAAGAUGUAGGUUAUUUUACAUUAAUUUUAGUUUUACUGGCAGAGAAAUGAAUCAAAUUUUUCGUUUUUGUAAAUUUGAUCCCUUUUUACUUUCACGUCAUUACGGAAGUCAAGGCAAUCCUACACAUUAUGAUAUUCUACGAGUCCCACAAACUGCUUCACAAAAGGAUAUUAAAGAAGCAUUUAUAAAACUUUCAAAAGAGAUGCAUCCUGAUAUAAAAGGAAACCAGAGUCAUAGUGAAUUUGUGAAAAUUAAUGAAGCUUAUAAAGUUUUAAGUAAAGAAAUCCUUAGACGUGAUUAUGAUAUGAAUUUAAAAUAUGGAACUUCUUCAAACGUUUCCUCAAAUUCUCCUCAUUCUUCUAAUAAUUUUUAUUAUUACAGACGACCACCAAAUUUUCAUAACAAAGAAGAAUAUGAGCAAUAUACAUAUUCUCAAACGGAUGAUAAUUACAAUGUAAAUAGAAAGAAGCGCAUAAACACUUUUGGAAUUGCUUGCAUCUGUGUAAUAAUUGCAACGAUUAGUGCAUUUCUUCAAGUAUUUCUUAUAAAUAAAAGAGUAUUAGAAAGUCAGCAUUACUAUGCAGAAAGAACUUUACGUUUUUCCAAAGAGUUAAAUGAAAUAAGGGAUAGUGCAAAAUCUAAAACUAAAGAACAACAAAUUCAAGAUUUCUUAAAAAAAGUGGAAGCAGCAAAAUCAAACAAUUUAAAAACCAAUCCACAGGAUAAAUGAAAUAACUCACAAUCAUGUAAAGAUUAAUCAAAAAUAUUAAUACAAAAAAUAAUGUCAUUAUUAAAUUAAUAAAAUUUAAAAAAGUUA